UUACCCUUCAGUGUUCACAGGCAGCUUGUAAAUAGGAGCAGAAGAGGGUGAAAGUGUUUGCAUACAGUGCUGUCGGCUGAAAGAUGAAACAACCGGCAGGAAAGAGUGAUGCUGCUCAAUAUAACCCAGAAAGGAAGAUAUCCGGGUAAGAGCUGCUUUCUUUGGCGUUUCUAUAUGAGAUUACGGAGGUGAAGAAAUGGGCUCGUAUUGGCCCUUUUAUGAUGAAUCUGUACUGGAAUUGCUUAGCCUCAAGAUAAGGACCCACUAAUGGAAACUUUGGGAUCUAAGGACAUUUGACUUGGCAAAGCAAAAAAAAAAAUAAAAAAUGGAUCCAGCUUCUCCCUGGACCAAUGUUACUGAAGGAGCAGCCUCAAAUAGAUGCAAGGUUGGGUUAUUUGGAGAGGGACACUUUAGAGGCAAAUCCUGUAAACAUGCUCAAGGCUUUUGAAUCAGAGCUCAAGAUGAUCUAUAUAGACAUACCUUGUUUUUGAAAUUAUUUGAGGCAAUACAUGCACACAGACUCCUGCCAGUUUCUACAACUACCAAGAGAGGCAUGCAGAACAGCAGUUACAUGCUGGCCUUUGAUUACAGCAUAUUUCUUAAAUGCCUGUUUAUUCUGAGUGAGACAACCCAAUAUUUUAAGGAGCAUAAUUCAGAGUCUUUAGGCACCAUCUGAUUUUACCGAUUCAUUCUACUGUUGCCCUUUCACACAUCAGUGUCUUGCAAGAGGAUUAUACUCAGUGUGAAUUUGACUUUGAGAACUUAUUUCCAUGCUAGUGACAAACCAGGGUGAGCUCCACUGUUACAUGAUGAAUGUACUGACCUUGGCUUUAUUUAUUUGGAAACUGCUUGGAAAGCUGUUAGUUUUCUUUGUCCUGUGCAUUCAAGUCAGCACCUUAAACAACUGCACUCUCAGAAGAUGUCCUGAAGUUUGCAUUUGUACUGCUGAUCUCAUGAGUUGUGCCAAGAAGGAUCUUGAACAGGUCCCCAGCACCCUGCUUCCCACAGCCACUACCUUGGACCUCAGCUACAAUAACAUUACUCAGCUUAAUGACUACUGGCUGGCUGCCUUACCACGUCUCCAGACCCUCAGGAUCAGCCACAACAAGAUCCACAAUAUCACCCGGCAAGUGUUCCACAAUGCCACUUACAUUGUACACCUGGACAUGUCUUCCAACUACCUGAGCACUGUGGAGAAGUAUUACUUUGAUGGCCUUGUGAAGUUGGAGGAGCUCUUGCUAUACAACAACAAGAUUGUACAAGUCGAUCAAAAUGCUUUUGUCAAGUUAAUCAGAUUGCAAAAAGUCUACCUGAGUUGGAACAGGCUAACAAAAUUUCCAUUUGAGUCCAUUCAAAGACUUGAACACCCGUACCUGAGAACCCUGGAUCUGUCUGCUAACAACCUAAGCAGCAUUCCUGUUCAAGUAAUAGCAACUUUGCCUGGGUACAUAAAAAAUGGCUUGUACCUUCACAACAACCCUGUGAUAUGUGACUGCUCUCUUCAUCUGAUGCUCCAGGAAUGGAAGCACCGCGGUUUUAGUUCUGCGAAGGAUUUUGUAGAGGAGCACACCUGCAAAGCUUUCCCCAAUGUGCCACGUUCCUUAGUCAACACCUUCAAUUACAACAAGUAUAUUGGAAAUUGCUCCUGGAACCAAUUUGACAUUCCCCAAAUCCUCUGCCAAGUGGGAGAAUCCUUGGUAAUAGACUGCAACACGAGCCUCCAUAAUGACAAUGCCACAAACUACAGAUGGAUCUCUCCUCGACAUGAAUUAUUCAUGUACCCUGAGCACAGUAAUCAGGAGCAUCAACCUUUCAGAAAUGGAAGCCUAUUGAUCAUAAAGGGUAACCGUUCCCAUUCCGGCGUUUAUGUGUGCAUAGCCAUCAACAAGCUCCAACAGAUCAACCAGACGUUUGAAGUCAACAUCACAUUUCAAUACCCCAAACCACUCGAGUCUUUCAAUACCGGCCUCACAACCCUCUUAGGGUGUGUUGUAACCCUGGUACUUGUCCUCAUGUACUUGUACCUCACACCAUGUCGCUGCUCCAAGUGCUUCAAGAAGCCCGCAAGCCCCCCUCCAGACUGCAGUGCCCAAUCGUCCAUCCUUAGUACCACCCCGCCAGCCACAGAUGGGCCAAAUCGCAAGAUCAGCGCAAACAAGCAUGUUGUUUUCCUAGAGCCCAUCAAGGAAGCCCAGAAUGGCAAGGUCAGGUUGGCCGUCAGCGAGGACUUUCCAGAAGCUAAAAGCCCCAGACUCUUACAGCUCAAGCUGGAUAGUGAAUCAAUCAGCUCAGUCUUUUCAGAUCCUCUCAUCAUGUCCUAUGAGGAACGAGAACAGACACCGGCAGAUGGAUAGGAAGCAAUCCACAGGAAGGAUGCAGCCAAGGUGGAGAGUGGGGAAGGAGUGGGGUCAAACCCCAUAUCCAUUGUGGGAGGGAGAGGGAAGACAAUAUAUAUUUACAAAGCAUCUCCUCACUGAAAAGCACAGAGGAAUUCUCUUCAUCUCCCUUGGAUGGACUACUGUGGUUUAUUCUUAAUUUCCUUCAUCUCCCCUAGAAAUUAUGGAGGCCUUUUCUUCUAACAAUUCUAGUCUGACCGUCCCAGAAUCCAUUUAUUAUGCACAACAGAAGCAACCAUCUUUUGACAAAAAAGAAUUGAAUGCUCUUUACACAUCCCAGAUGACUACAGCCUGCUCAGUAGUAGAGACAGUAACUUGUAGCAGAGAGUAUCAUCCCCCUUUAGAAAACUGCUGUGGAAUACAAGAUUGUGUAAUGGCUUUGACUUUCAGAGAAUAAACAUUUGCUAUAUAAGCAAGCCUGUUUUUAUUUCUGGAGAAGAAAGAGUGCCCUUGCUGGACCAAAGAGGGGGCCAUUUCUUACUUUUUAACUGUUUUAGUCAGCUACUGCUUCUAAUAUUAAUUUGGAAAGUAGGUUCCCGAGCCCAUACUUUUCAACUUACUUCUAGGCUUCUUGGAACAAGUCAUAGCAUGGCUAAAAACUGAAGCAAUGCUCCCUUUACAGAGGUCACAAGCCCUGCUCCAGAUGACCACCUCGCCCUUUUGGAUAUGUGCAGUCAGCCACGUAAGUGUCAGAAACUGUAAGAGUCAGUCUUCUGCUUGAAUCAGCUUAACAAAACUGCUUGGUAUUACUAGACACACUGCCUGCCCCUUAAAAGCACCUUGUUCUGGAUUUGCUUUUAAUGAGGAACCUUUUCCCUAGAUUGAAUUCUUCGUAUCUACAAUAAAAUUCUAAUAGCUCGGGCAUCCUGUGCUUUUGGAUCACUGUGACAGAAAGCAAAAAUCGGUGCCAGAAAAUUAUCCUUGGGUUAGACUUGAGAAGGGCAAAUUAUUUAUUUUGCUGUCAUCACAGCAGAGGGGAGUUUGAUCCCAGACCGGGUUAAAAAGGAUGUUAUUCUAGACACAGUGCUGAUGUUGUGUUAUGUUUUUUGAAUGCACAAUUAACCUAUGGCUGGCCAAUUCAGAUAACUGGAUUAGAUAGAGGAGAACACUGCUUUGGUUAGUGUACCUUUUUAUAUAACUUAAUAUAGCCAUUAAAAGUUAACUUUGUUUCUCCCCACCCACCCCUGCCCCAAAAGCUGCUGUAAAUAAUCAAAUUCAGGAAUGCAUUAGAUUAUUCAUGCACCUAGUGUAAUUACAACAAGCCAGCUCCGCUCCGCUCUGCGCUUAAAUGAACCAUCUCCCUGCCUUUUUUCUCCUUGAGAAGGGCAGAUGUGCCUGGGAGAACGAAGCAUCUAGCUAUUUUGGUAGUACUUUAAUCCAUGUAAUGAUAAUAAUUGUAACCUGGGGGUAGAUUUCCUCUCGGGUUACAUUUAAAUAAAAAUGCCCUUUUAUUUUAAAAUGUUGUUGUCUGCAUCUGAAAUUGUCUUUGCCCUGCAACGGUGUGAGACAGUGCAGGCUUCUUCUCCCUUGUCUGUGGCCAGGUAAAGCUCCAUAUACAAAGUUCUAGUUCUUUUAACACAAAAGGAGCUCAAAUACCAGUCUAAACCUAGGCACUCUAAAUAUUACAGAUGUCUCUGAUAUUAAAACCAAAUUACAACACAGUUUAAUUUUGGCACAGUAGAUGAGGCUGGAAGGUGCAAAGAAAGAAAUGCAACACAAAAUUCUAAGUCUGUGGGCAAGAAUUUGACAGAACUUACACAAACAAAUAUUUACAUGUAUGUGUAUGUGGGGGGGGGGGUCAAGACUGAGGAAGGAAGAAAACCUAUGAAAUUCCAUUAAAACUAAUUUCUGCAAGGCUUGGUGCAAAGAAAAACAAGGAUCCCCCCCACAAAUGGGCCAUCUCUUUGGAGCAAAAGAAGAUAGAAUAGAGUGGUUUCUCCCUUCUAAUACUUUGGCUUGCUUACUUUGCACACAUUCAGACACUGUUUUACCUUGCAAAGAUACUCUUCCAGGGGCCAUAAUAUCAAACUACAUUUGGCCUUAAUCCCUUCUCCCCAUAGCUAGUAGUUACUAUACUACAUUAUUUCAUUACAGGCUAGCUAUACUGCAGCCCAAAGUACAGCUUGAAGACGGAACAGAAAACUGGGCUAGAUAAGUUGGCACACACCAACAUGAACAUUACAGAGCAAACGAUGCACUGCCAGAGGUUCUCACAAACUUGUAUUCUGGACAGCCACAAAUGUUGUUGACGUGAGGCUAGAAAAAUCCAGGGAAGAUAUUAAUAUCUUCCAAGAUCAUCUGGGUCAGGGUGUUU